AUGGAAGCAACCGUGCCAAACUUGAGAAUGAAUUUAGUAUCAGCUUUUGUCAGCCUCAUUCUCUUCAUACAUCAAACUCACUCCAACACUUGUAUUGCCUAUACUUCCCAUCCUGGAAAUGAAACAGACAGGGAGGCAUUGCUCGCCUUCAAGGACAAGGUGAUUGAAGAUUUUCAAGAUAUCACGAGUUCUUGGAACAAGUCUGUUAGUCACUACAACUGGCCAGGAGUUUCUUGCAGUCGCCGCCAUGCGGGAAGAGUCAUCGCCCUCGACUUGUUGAAUCAAAAGCCCCUUGGCACAAUAUCUCCUGACAUCGGGAAUCUCACCUUCUUGAGGCGUAUUGAUCUAGAAGCGAAUCGGCUUCGAGGUAUGCAAUACCUCUAUUUGCAAUACAAUCGGCUCAGCGGGAGGAUACCUGACGAGCUUCGGAAUUUAGUUGAGAGAAAGCUCGCUGUUUUUGGGGUCUCAGUGAACGAUCUUACUGGGGGAAUUCCAAGUUGGUUGGGGAAUGGAUCUUCACUUACAGACUUAGAUUUGGGGCAAAAUGACCUAAGAGGUCGAAUACCGGCCGAGCUCGGAAGGAUCUCAAAAUUAGAAAACCUGACUUUACAUUAUAAUAAUCUAAUAGGACACAUCCCCUUUUCGGUAUACAAUCUUACAUCACUUGUCUCCCUUUCCGUAGGGGGUAACAGCCUACAUGGUGAAAUCCCACCAGAAAUUGGCAACUAUUUUCCACAUCUCCAGCGGCUUUACCUCUCAGAAAAUCGAUUUUCAGGGCAAGUGCCGCAUUCGCUGCCUAACGCUACUGGACUUGAAGAGCUUAUUCUCACUUCUAAUAGCUUUUCGGGGAAUGUGCUUGCCAAUCUUGGAAACUUGAGGAAUCUUACAAGAAUUGGUUUUGGCAAUAACCAAUUACAAUCAGGACCUGACGGCUUAAGUUUCCUCACUGAUUUUACCAACUGCACUAAACUGAAAGCGUUAGAUUUCGGCCACAACAAAUUCAGAGGAGAAAUACCUGCUUCCGUUGCCAAUUUGACGAAUACGCUUCAGGUCUUACUCCUGGGAUCAAACCUGAUCACAGGAAAUAUCCCUCCAGAAAUCGAGAAGCUGAAUGGCCUUCAGAUCUUGGCGAUAUACAACAACAGCAUCAGCGGUGAGAUUCCCCAUGGCAUCGGUAAGCUCCAAAAUUUGAAGUAUCUUUACCUAUGGCGCAAUAGGAUUUCAAGGGCAAUUCCUUCCUCUCUUGGAAACAUCACCCAAUUGCUUCACCUGGAGCUUCAAAAAAAUCAAUUAGAAGGUGACAUUCCUCCAAGCCUUGGAUGGUGUCGACAAUUGCAAUUACUAACACUUUCAGAUAACAACCUUAACGGUACAAUACCCAAUGAGGUCAUCGGUCUUUCUUCUUUGUCCCUCUAUUUUGGAGUAGCUCGAAAUUCCUUAACGGGGCCAUUACCUCUUGAAGUGGGUAACAUAAGCAAAAUUGUGCAUGUCGACCUCUCUGACAACAGGCUGACCGGAGAAAUACCAAGCACUUUGUCCCAGUGUCUGAUGUUGCUAAGCUUAAAUAUGGCAGUAUUGGAUCUGUCCAUCAACAACCUUGAAGGAGAGGUACCACAGGAGGGGAUUUUCAGAGAUACAAAGCGCAUAUCGAUCAUCGGAAACGAAGAACUAUGUGGGGGCAUCAAGGAACUUGGACUUCCCACAUGCAAAGUCCGUGACGCGAAGAAACAGAGAAAGCAUCCAGAACUGAAAUUAACUAUCACAGUAACUAUCUCGUUUUUGAUAGUGUUGACAUGCUUCAUUGUUGUUGUGUACCAGAGGAAGAAAUCUACGACAAGACCUAGUGUUGCAUUGCCAAUAGAUGAGCGCUUCCAAAAGGUUUCCUAUGCAAAGCUCCACCAAGUGACCGAUGAGUUCUCGCCAUCUAAUUUGAUUGGCCAAGGGAGUCAUGGCUCCGUGUAUAGAGGAAUGCUAGAUGGAAAUCGACCAGUGGCAGUGAAAGUGCUCAACCUAAAACAAAAGGGUGCUUUUAAGAGCUUCUUGGCAGAAUGUGAAGCACUAAGAAAUAUACGCCACCGAAAUCUUGUUAACAUCAUCACUGUUUGCUCAAGCAUCGAUUUCACCGGCGCAGACUUUAAGGCUCUAGUCUACGACCUAAUGCGAAAUGGUAGUUUAGAACAGUGGUUGCACCCCAGCGAAAAUCAGCUCGAUAUGCCAAAACUCAGUCUCAGCCAGAGGUUAGACAUUGCCAUUGAUGUGGCUUCUGCUAUUGAAUAUCUUCACCACCAUUGCCAGACGAGCAUCAUACACGGCGAUCUAAAGCCAAGCAACGUUCUUCUUGAUCACGACAUGGUAGCUCGAGUGUGUGAUUUCGGGCUAGCGCGAUUUCUUCGUGGAAGCACAAACCUAGAUGCUUCUCAAUGUCCAGCAAGCUCCAGUGGAUUAAAAGGAACCAUUGGCUAUGUAGCUCCAGAAUAUGGCCUUGGUGGUACUUCAUCGUUGCAGGGAGAUGUGUACAGCUUUGGGAUACUGUUGCUCGAGAUGUUCACCGGAAUAAGACCUACUGAUGUUAUGUUCAAGGAUGGAUGGACCCUCCAUGAAUUCGUCGAGGCUGCUCUGCACAAAAGCUUGGUGAAGAUCCUAGACCCUUCAGUGCUAUCUACAGAGUAUCUUGUACGGAUCGGCGAUGGCCAAAUUAGUGAUGCUGACAUGGUAAGAUUUGAGGAAAAACAUUGCUGACAUAAUGAGAAUUGGAGUUCUCUGCUCGGCGAAACUUCCGAUUGAGCGUAUGGACAUGACGAAUGCAUUAUCCAAGUUAUGUGCUGUCAAAGAGAAGUUUUUCAGGCAUGGCACGUGAGAUUUGGAAGAGGAUUUAACUUCUCCUGUUGCAAUUUUAAUUUCUUUUCAGUUUUUUCCAGUGUGAACUGUGAAUGUAAACCCAAAAUGCAACUCUAC